AUGCUGCUGAGAAUGAAUGCCCCAACCUCUGAGCACCCAACAAUCAGGACUAAGGCACUGACUCCAGAGCUCUAUGAAAAACUACCAGAUAAGGUCACACCUGGUGGUUUCACCCUGGAUGAGUGGGCUGGAGAUGAAGAGAGCUAUGAUGUGUUCAAGUUGCUAUUUGAUCCAAUCCUCGAGGACAGACAUGGAGGCUACAAGCCUUUGAAUAAGCAUAAGACUGACCCCAACUCUGACUAUCUACAGGGUGGUGAUGAUCUGGACCCUAAAUAUGUGUUGAGUUCUUGUGUUCAAACUGAUCGUAGAUGAGGAGAGCACCAUGCCAUAGAGAAGCUCUCUGUGGAAACUCUGACUAGCCUAGAGGGUGCCCUGAAUGGGAAGUACUCUGCCUUGAACAUGACUGAGCAGGAGCAGCAGCAACUGAUGGAUGACUACUUUCUCUUUGACAAGCCUGUCUCCCCACUCUUCUUGGCAUCUGGUAUGUCCCAAGACUGGCCUGAUGGCAGGGGCAUCUGGCACAAUGACAGGAAGACCUUCCUGGUGUGGAUCAAUGAGGAGGAUCACCUGAGGAUCAUCUCCAUGCAGAAGACAGAAAACCUUUUCAAGACUAUGAAUUCAUGUGGAACCUGUGAGUUGGAGCUAGUCCAGAAGGUGGUGGAUGAUAUGAAAUUGCUUAUAGAGAUGGAGAAGUGUUUGGAGCAGGGCCUGUCCAUCAACGAUUUCAUGCCAGCCCAGAAAUGA